AUGACUUUCUACGGGGACUUCUAUAACAAUGGACGCUACUCCCUCUAUGGCUAUGGAGACCUCUAUGGCUUCGGGGGCCUGAAUGGCUACAAUGGCUACAGAUUUGGGGGCCUGAAUGGCUACUAUGGGAGCCCCUACGGCUACCGAAGCUUCGGGAACCUGUACGGGAGCAGAGGCUUGCUUGGUUAUGGGGGCUUCUAUGGGUCUGGGGACCGGUAUGGCCUUGGGUAUGGCCUGGGUUCUUAUUUUGGCAACAGAUACUUCUACUGA